AUGUCGUACCAGCAGUAUAACCAAAAUCCCUACGCCCAGGGCCCCCAGGCCGAGGGCGGAUACGGCUAUGACAACCAGCAGCCUCAAUAUGGCCAAGGUCAAUACGAAAUGCAGCCGUACGGAGAGGCGGACAAGUACCCCGAGCAACCCGCUCCCACCAUUCUGAGCCAACAGGAAUUCCUCCAGCGAGUUCAGUACCUGCGCUCAGAGAUCCAGGGCCUGACUUCCGACGUCGAGGGCAUUGCCCAGCUUCACCAGCGCUCGCUCGGCUCUCCCGACGGCAGCGCCAGCUACCAACUGGAGCAGGCCGUCUCCGCGACGCAACUCCGCAACACCGCUGUCAAGGAUGGCAUCAAGGCCCUCGAGAGAGAUCUGGCCAAGACGCAGGACGUAUCGCGCGCAACAAAGACCGCCCAGCUCAACUCCUUGAAGAACACGUUCAAGUCGGAACUCGAAAAGUACCAGCAAAUCGAACGUGAUUACCAGAAGCGGUACCGUGACCAGAUUGCCCGCCAGUACCGUAUCGUGAACCCGGAAGCGACGGAAGAUGAGGUCGAGCAGGCAACACAGUUGGACUGGGGCGACGAAGGUGUAUUCCAAACAGCGCUCAAAUCCAACCGGACAGGCCAAGCCAACUCUAUUUUGGGCAACGUCAGAGCCCGCCACAACGAGUUGCAGCGCAUUGAACAGACCAUUAUCGAAUUGGCACAACUCUUCCAGGAAAUGGCCACUCUGGUCGAGCAACAGGAGCCCGUCGUCGAAGCCGCCGAGCAAAACGCCCAACAAACCGUCGAGAACAUCCAAAAGGGUAACGAAGAGGUCAAGGUGGCCAAUCAGCACGCUCGCAGACGCAGAAAGCUCAAGUGGUGGUGCUUCCUCGUUGUCGUACUCAUCAUCCUCGCCAUCGCACUCGGUGUGGGAUUGGGCGUCGCCCUCACUAAGAAGUAA